AAUUCUGUUAUCUGUUCCUCCUUGUAUCGAGCCCAUAUCUGUUGCAACUUAGAAUCAUAACAAGCCUCCGUAGAAGUGGAGUGUGCGUCACGCCCUAACGAUGGCAUCCUCAGACUCUGAGAACUGCUUAUCCAAAGGUUCCAUUCAGGAGCCCCCCAGUUACAAUACCAUCGCUCCAUAUGCUCCCCCUGUAACCCAACCUCCAUCUGCUCCCCCUCCAGAACUGGACAGCACCCAGCUUAAAGGAGUUCCACCGGGACUGGAAUAUCUCCUACAAAUAAACCUCUUAAACGUGAAAGAAAAAUUCAAGGUGUCCCAGGGUUACGGACGCUCCUUCGAAGUUCUAGAUUCAGUUGGCCAGCGGGUGUACCAAGCGGAUGAGAUUGUUCAGUGCUGCGGACCUAUCUACAAUACAAAGAUCCGGAAUAACAAUGGGGAGAACAUCAUGGAAGUGGUCCAGAAUUGUGAAUGUUCCUGUACUCGUAAGGUGAAGGUGUUUGAUGCCUCUGGAUGCCCCAUAGCGUUUGUCAUCCUACACUGGAAUAAUCUCGUCACCCACCUUUCCAUCUUAAAUUCAACCGAAGAACUUGUCCUCCUUAUCGUUGGACCUGGAUUUCACACCAAUAUCUUCGGCAAUGUCUGCUUUGAGGUAAAGUCCCGAGAUGAGCAGCACGUGGUGGGGAUGAUAAAAAAUGAGAGUGAGCAGUUCGUAGUCUCCUUUCCGUUAGAUCUUGACGUGAUGAUGAAAGCAGCUUUGUUAGUGGCCAGCCUGUAUCUGGGCAAUCUCAUUCACCAGAAGAGGAUUGAGGUCAUGAGAAAGACAAAGGGACGGGCCAACCAUGGUUCGUCAAUAUGACAUCACUUCAAAUCUGCUGACAUCAUGCAAAGGCCAAACCUGUAUCACUCUUAUACAAUAUACUGCAUCUAUCUGUAACAUAUAAAAAGCAGACUAUCGCACCUUCAUUUUCCAAUCAGUAACACUUCUGCAGAGCAUUGAUAAAAUAAAUGCUACGAGUAUAAAUGUAAUCGUUUAUCUAUCCUCUCAUUUUUAUAAAUAUGUAUUGGUGAGGUCCUAUCCUGGAACUGGUCGCCUCCAUCUUGCCUCCUUGUCAAUCAUCGACAAAAAUGUUUCCCUUUUCUGCCACUAAACAUAGAUACUGGCAAAGGAGAAAUCAAAAUAUUGUUUCUCUUCCACCUCUUCAUUUGCAUUGUGUGCCCUGAGUGUGCCAGGCUAUAAAUGGAUUGUGACGCCACUUGCUUGAUUUGUAAUAUACAUUUACAAAGAAAAUGGAGCCUCACAUGAAAACAAUCUUGUGCGUACACGUUUUUCAAUCUCAGUUUCCA